AUGCCGGACACACCUAUAUCUUCUGAAGUGCUGUCUGUCCCAAUUGUAUCAAGCCUCGAGCAAAGUUCAGGUUCCCACUGGCUCGAGCGUGCAUGUCCGGUUGAGGAUGAAAAUGCAGCCAAAGUUUGCUCAAUGCCAGAACAAACUUUAAACACGGAUUCAGAUUUUGAGAAAGCGUAUGUUAUGGACACAUUGGAUAUCAUGUCUGCAUCCUCGUUGCACAUCGCUGGUGAAGAUGGCAAUCUGAGGCAUAGCGCUGAAGCACUGACAGGACUCAGUGCAAGCAGUGACUUUUCACUGCCACCUGACCUAUGUAAGAAGAAGCAGAAGAAGGCAGGAAAAAUCUGUAGGUUCUGCAAGAAUACCUGGAAGGCUGUGAAGAAAACCUUCACCCGCCCAAGCAAUAGAGUUGAGCCUAUUGUACUGCCACAAAGAUCUCCAUCUUAUGAAAAACUGUUUGAGCCCACUGAUGGAGAUGUUCUGUCUUACUAUACAUUGAAUAAUAUCCUGGGAAAGGGAGGAUUUGGAAUGCCUGGCCAUCCCAAACCUCUGAUUACCGAAGUGGCUCUGAUGCUUAAGAUGAGCAAAGCUCCCUUAAGCCCAAAUGUGAUCAGAAUGUUUGAAUGGUUUGAAGACCCCAAGGAUGUAACAGUGAUUAUGGAGUACCCUAAGCCCUGCCUAAGCUUAUGGAGAUAUCUCUCAGAACCACUGAGUGAAAACGCAGCACGUGUUUUAAUGCGUCAAGCAGUACAGGGAGUGAUCGACUGCAUUGACCACGGCGUGUUUCACACCGACAUCCAUCCGGGCAACAUUCUGGUCCACACGAGCACACUGGAGCUCAAGUUGAUUGACUUCGGUUGUGGUCAGCUGUUGACUACUGCUGGCUACGAUAUAAGUCAGUAUAGAGGAGUACCAGACUACUGCGGUCUUUAACGAGUGCAGGUAUCAGGCCAUCCCUGUAAACGUCUGGAGUCUAGGUUUGGUUCUGUAUAAAAUGGUCAACGGGCGUAUAAGUAUGCCGUUUGAAAACUCAAAGAAAGUCCAGUUUGUGAAUCCCGA